CACUCCCACUGAACUGCAUCUUCUCUCUCUCUCUCUCUCUCUCUCUCUUCUCUCUCUGUUGUGUCGACUCCCGCAAAUUCUGAACAGAAACUACAGAGAAGGGGCCACUUCCUUCUUCACUUCGCCUGCCGAUGCAGACGAAGAUGAUGGCCGAAUUAGCCACACCCUUCUCUUUCCAGGUAUAGGAAUCCUCUUGCCGGUAACGGUAAAGACAUCGAAGCCAAACGAUACUUGUGAGGUGGAAAGAUGGCUGAUGAGGAUAGAGAUCUUAUUGAAAUCUUGGAAGAACACAACCCAGUUGAUAUGGCCAAAUAUAUCAAUUAUGUCAGCGCGCCACAGGCCGGUGCCAUCGCAACAUUUUCUGGAACAACUCGCGACACAUUUGAGGGCAAAACGGUCUUGGAGCUCCGGUGCGAAGCAUAUGUGCCGAUGGCUGUACGGUGCAUCAAGUCCGCAUGUCAAUCAGCUAGAUCAUCCUGGAAUCUCAUGUCCAUCGCAGCCGCCCACCGCCUUGGCCCUGUCCCGGUUGGAGAAACGAGUGUCUUCAUUGCAGUAUCAUCGGUUCACCGGGACGAUGCGCUGGAUGCUUGUAAGUUUCUGAUCGACGAGAUAAAGGCAUCUGUCCCCAUCUGGAAGAAAGAGGUAUACACCAAUGGUGAGGUCUGGAAGGAGAAUAAGGAGUUUCUGGAAAGGAAGUCGGAGCUUGAGAAAGGCGGUCGGGACGAAUAUAGGUGCUGCAGGAAACAAUUAGAGAGCAAGCCCAACGGGCACGGCUGUUGCGGUGCUAAAGUCAAGAUAGAUGAUGGCUGUAAUGGAGAUACGAGAGAGGCUGAGUGAGAGAGAAAGAUUGUGAUUUACUUUUGCUGCUUUUGGCAUUUUCCUUCGUCUGGUGCAGACCACUAUAUGUUAGAAGGAUUGUGAAGUACUUCUCUGAGGAUGUAAUAAUAAUAAUCGUCCGAGGAAUAUAUAUGUCAGCCUCGUCAAAUCUGCAAGUGAUUUUGCUGAGAAACAUGUUGAAUUUGAUGACCAA